CUCCUACAAUGAAGCAUGUUUAAAUCUUUAUCAAGGUUAAAUCUUUUCCAAGCUCAUAUCAGGAAUUUCAGUACGAUACCUACGAAAAUGACCAAGUUUGACAUCAACACAAAAUACAGCCUACCUUCAGGCUACGAAAUUCCAGUGCUCGGUUAUGGAGUUUAUCAAACACCCGCCGACCAGGCUGAGGAGGUCACAUCCUACGCACUGAAGCUUGGGUACCGUCAUGUCGAUUCUGCAGUCGCCUAUCGCAAUGAAGAGCCGUCGGCCGCAGCGCUCAAAAAGUCAGGUAUCCCGCGGAAUGAACUAUUCUUCACCUCAAAAGUUCCUCCGAAGCAGAUCUCUUACGAAGGAGCCAAGGACGCAAUUAAGGGCACGUUCGAGCGUACUGGACUAGAAUAUAUCGAUCUUUACCUACUCCAUGCUCCUUAUGGAGGCAAGGAGGGACGUUUAGGUGCCUGGCGCGCUCUUGUUGAAGCACAGCAAGAGGGUAAGAUCAGGUCAAUCGGUGUAUCAAAUUACGGGGUGCAUCACCUACAAGAGCUGGAGGAUUAUAUCAAGUCUGUCGAAGCGAAAGAAGGAAAGGGCAAAGGUGGUGUCAUCAGUGUUGGGCAGUAUGAGCUUCACCCUUGGCUCACCCGUCCGCUUCUCGUGGAAUGGUGUAAGGCCAGGGGUAUUAUCCUCGAGGCAUAUGCUCCCAUAACAAGAGGCACUCGGUUCGAAGAUCCUGCGCUGCAGAAGCUAGCCAAGAAAUUCAACAAGUCUCCGGCGCAGAUUCUUUUGAGAUGGAGCUUGCAGAAGGGUUUCGUGCCGUUGCCCAAGUCUGUGACCCAUAAGCGUAUCGAGGAGAACGCUGAUAUUUUUGACUUUGAGCUUUCUCGUGAUGACCUUGACAGUUUGACAACGAACGAGUAUUCUCCAUGCUGCUGGGACCCUACUACCAGCCAGGAUUAAAUCGGUCAUAGG